CAUCACAAAUUCCUUCAAACCGGGCCGCCAUUGAAACUUUUGGCUUCUGAAUCCGUGCCCUAGCUUCUUCUUCCUCUUCCCUGCCAUUGCAGGGCACAGGCCUCGGGCUCCAACCUUCGCCACAAACUCAAUUAUCGAGUGAUCGGAAUCACUAUCAUGGGGAAGAAGAAGAAGAGGGUUUCCUCCAAAGUGUGGUGUUACUACUGCGAUCGCGAAUUCGACGACGAGAAGAUCUUGGUGCAGCAUCAGAAAGCGAAGCACUUCAAGUGUCACGUCUGCCACAAGAAGCUCUCAACUGCCAGCGGCAUGGCCAUCCACGUCCUCCAGGUCCACAAGGAAUCGGUCACCAAGGUGCCCAAUGCAAAACCUGGCAGAGAGAGUACAGAUAUUGAAAUAUAUGGAAUGCAGGGGAUUCCACCCGAUAUCUUGGCUGCACAUUAUGGCGAAGAAGAGGAUGAUGUUCCAUCAAAGGCAGCCAAGGUUGAUAUUCCACCAACUCAGCUUGUAGGUGGAAUGAGGCCACCUCCUAUGGGUACAGGAUAUCCUCCACGAUCAGCCUUGCCUGCAAUUCCACCAGUUUAUAAUCCAGCUGUACCCCUGCCACCAAAUGCUUGGGUGGUUCCGCCUCGACCACAGCCAUGGUUUUCACAACCUCCAGCUGUUUCAGUUCCUCCUCCUGCCCCAUACACACAGCAGCCAUUAUUUCCUGUGCAGAAUGUCAGGCCUCCACUGCCAGCAACUGCUCCAGCAGCACUGCAAACUCAGAUUGCUCCUCCUGGAUUGCUUACAUCUGCACCGGUCCCAGUUUCACAACCUUUGUUCCCUGUUGUUGGAAACAACCAUACAACGACCCAAAGUUCAACAUAUUCUGCUCCACCUCUGCCCUCAAGUGUUCCAUCAGUUACUCCAGUGAUGUCUACAAAUGUCCCUGUUGAUACACAUUUGAGUACCCACUCUUCUGUAACAAGUAGUUACCAGGCUAUAGGAGUUCCAGGUGCAGCAGCAAGUAAUUCACACUCUUAUGCUUCUGGUCCAAAUACUGGUGGUCCUUCAAUUGGGCCUCCCCCAGUAAUUGCAAACAAAGCUCCUGCUUCUCAACCUGCCACCAACGAAGUCUACUUAGUUUGGGAUGACGAGGCAAUGUCCAUGGAGGAAAGAAGAAUGUCUUUGCCAAAAUAUCAGGUGCAUGAUGAAAGUAGCCAGUUUGUGAAGCUUGCUGCAAACAAUCAACUUCGUGAUCUUUCAUCCCAGCAUAUGUACACCAUAAAAGAGUAUGUAUAUAUGAUUUUAUUGGGUUUGGUUUUACCAAUGCUAUUCUUUCUCCUCCCUGCUUGAUUCCAAAGUUUGGGGUUUUGGGUGGAAAAUGGUCUUACCCAUCAGAUUUUUGCCCAUUCGUAGCAUCAUUACAAUUUAUUUUAUGGAACAAGUGAAUUCAGACUUGGCACAGGUCAGCUUCUUUCGCAGAGUUUGGAUCUCUUGCAUAAGACCAUGCUGUAGAAUAUUCAGUUUAUUGUUGUAUUUGGGGUCCAUGAUUACAUGCUGAUCAUUAUUAUCAUUUUUUUUCAGAUGAGCUCCAUUGACGCAGCUAUAGACAAGAGGAUACUCGAAAGCAGGCUGGCUGGUCGAAUGGCAUUUUAGGUCAAUCCUGAUACAUAAAUUCUUGUCAAUUUUCUUCAGUGAUAUGGGCUCAAAACGGCAUUUUAAUAAGCUCGAAAGCGUGUGUUCAAGAUUCCUUUCCUUAAGAUCCAGCAAGUAAAUACUGUUAUUGGUGCGAUUCUUUUGCCAAAAAGAGGAAUGGGCCCUACUGUCAUAGUGGAAAAGAUUGAAAUUGGUCUCAUUUCUAACUUCUUAGGAAGUUGCAAAACUUUUGUUUGUUUCUUAUUUCACACCUUUUUCUCCCUUUGAUAUUUGUAGUCAACCUUUAGGACAUGAUACUUAAACGAGUACUGCAUAUUUAUGUAAUCUAGAUUAAAUGUGUUGGGUGGAAAUUUGACGGUAAUUAUUGGUUGUUGGUUA